AUGAGCAGACUGUACGGCAAAAUGUUACGUGAUCUCAUUGAGGAAGACUAUAAAGAGAAAGAGGAAGAAGAACAAUGUGGUUUCAGAGCAGGAAGAUCAUGUACUGAUAAUGUGUUUACCCUAAAACAAAUUAUAGAAAAGAGAAGUGCCAGGAACUUGGAAACGCACCUAACAUUUGUUGACUUACAAAAACCAUGCGACACAGUCCAAGUAACAAAGUUAUUUAGAGUCUUAGAGCAAUCCAACAUUAAUCACACCUAUAUAGCAGCCUUUAAAGAACUAUAUAGGGAAUCAAAAUCAAGAAUAAGGGGCGGCCAAUGCAUUGCGGAGGAGUUCAUGGUGAAUAAAGGACUACGUCAGAGAUGCUGUGUCUCCCCCACCCUUUUUAAAAUAUAUGUGGUAAUGGCACUAAAAAAAUUGAAAAGAAAGGUCCAGGGCAUGGGAAAAGAAAUUGAUGGUGGAUGCUUGUUUACUCUUCAGUUUGCAGACGUCCAAGUCAUAGUAGCCAAUGAUAAAGAUGAUAUGCAAUAUAUGAUUCGAAAACUAAUAGAGGAGUAUAAAGAAUGGGGUUUGAUAGUCAACAUAGCAAAGACAAAGUAUCUAUCUGUGGGAACUCACUCACUCGGAAAUUUGGAAUUAGGCAAUGGCCAAGAAAUCCUUCAAUGUCAGGAAUAUGAAUAUCUGGGCAUCACAUUCGACAACAGUUUCGAUUUUUAA